AUGUCGUGGCGCAAUCAGGGCAUCACAGGAUCCAACAACAUCCCCCUUGGUAAUCGCCGUCGGUUCGGGGGUGACGAAAGGGAGGACUCGCGAAAUGGUAGUAGCUCGUUCGACUCGCAUUAUGCGAAUGACUCGGGCAAGCGAGGCCGCAGUCCUGCCAGAGCUGAACCUGCUGCCGACGGUGUGAAGCGUCGUAAGAAGCGCAACCGAUGGGGUGAUGCUACCGACAACAAGGCCGCUGGACUCAUGGGAUUGCCAACCAUGAUCCAGGCCAACAUGACCUCUGAACAGCUUGAAGCUUACACGUUGCAUUUGCGAAUCGAGGAGAUCAGUCAAAAGUUGCGCAUUAACGAUGUUGUUCCCAGUGAUGGUGACAGGUCGCCAUCGCCUCCUCCGCAGUACGACAAUUUCGGUCGUCGUGUGAAUACUCGAGAAUAUCGCUAUCGCAAGAGACUUGAAGAUGAACGACAUAAACUCGUGGAGAAGGCGAUGAAAGUGAUUCCUAACUAUCACCCACCUUCCGACUAUCGCCGUCCUACUAAGACACAGGAGAAGGUCUAUGUGCCUGUUAACGAUUAUCCAGAGAUUAACUUCAUUGGUCUACUGAUUGGACCUCGUGGUAACACUCUCAAGAAAAUGGAAACUGAAUCGGGCGCCAAAAUCGCCAUUAGAGGAAAGGGAUCCGUCAAAGAAGGAAAAGGCCGAUCCGAUGCAGCUCAUACUAGCAAUCAAGAGGAAGACCUCCAUUGCCUCAUUAUGGCAGAUACUGAAGAGAAGGUCAACAAGGCUAAACAGCUCGUCCACAAUGUCAUCGAGACUGCUGCCUCCAUUCCCGAAGGUCAGAACGAGCUCAAGCGAAACCAGCUCCGAGAACUGGCUGCUCUCAACGGUACUCUUCGAGAUGACGAGAAUCAAGCCUGCCAGAAUUGUGGUCAAAUUGGACACAGAAAGUACGACUGUCCAGAGCAGCGCAACUUUACUGCGAACAUUAUCUGCCGAGUCUGUGGGAACGCUGGUCACAUGGCCAGAGAUUGUCCCGACAGACAACGAGGAUCCGACUCUCGAAACGCCCUGCCUGGACCACCCGGAGGUCCACAACGACGAAUUGGCGAUGCCGUCGAUCAGGAGAUGGAGAACUUCAUGCAAGAGUUGUCUGGCAAUCCUUCUGCUGGUGGGCCUGCAGGCUAUCUUGAAAGUGGACAAGGAGGUUAUGACCCGGCUGGCUACGGCGCUCCCAAGAAUCCAUGGGACAGACCUGCUCCUGGUGCUGGUGGUGCCGCUCCUUGGAAAGCUGGUGGACAAGAAAGAGGAGGCUACGACUCUGGUGCUUCAGCUGCUCCUUGGCAACAACAGCAGUCUCGUGGAAAUGAUUACAACAGCUAUGCACCUCCUGGUGGAAGUGCUGCUCCAUGGGGACAGCAAGCACCUCCACCUCCACCACCACAGGACUAUGGUUACGGAGGCUAUCAAUCCAAUGGCUACGGACAGCAAAACGGGUACGAUCAGCCGCCUCCGCCACCACCAGCAGGUCUCUCGUCCUUCCUGCAACAGUAUGGUCAAAACCCUCCACCACCUCCUAGCGACUCGAAUGCUCCUCCUCCACCACCCUCUGGAGACUAUCCACCCCCACCGCCACCAGCUUAG